AUGGAGGAUCCCAGGGUGCGUGAUGGUUCAAACAUGAAUAACGUUUUAUGCAAAAAUGAAAGGUUCUUUUGCUCUUCUGAAGUACUUGAUUCUCUCUGGAUUACCAAUUCUUCCCCUUCUUUUCAUGGAUCUACAUCCAUGGUUAACUUUGAAAAUGUUCAAGGAGUUAAAAAUACAGAGAGGUCAUUUUUCACAGAGAUUGAUAAAAAAGGAAAUGGCAACGAUGAUUAUCAAUCGGAGAAAAAAAGGCGUCUCCCUCCCGACCAAGUUCUGUUUCUUGAGAGAAGUUUUGAGGUUGAAAAUAAGCUCGAACCAGAGAGAAAGCUCCAGCUUGCUAAAGAACUUGGAUUGCAGCCUAGGCAGGUUGCAAUUUGGUUUCAAAACCGCCGAGCCCGGUACAAAACGAAGCACUUGGAGAAAGAGUAUGAUUCAUUGAAAGAAAGCUAUGAUAAACUUAAGGCAGAUUAUGACAGCCAGUUCAAAGACAAUGAGAAAUUGAAAAAUGAGGUUCGUUUGCUCACGGAGAAGUUGCUUUCGAGGGAUAAAGGAAAGCGAAAACCCGAGCCAUUGGACAAUGCAGAACCAAAGAAACCAAAUUUAAGCCAUGACUCUCCAAAUAUACCAGAGGGGUUCUCUAAGCAGGAAGAUGCUAGUUCUGCUAAAAGUGAUGUUUCCGACUCGGACAACAAUUCGACAUUGGUCGAACUGGCCGAUUCUUCGCAAGUUCACGAGCAGGACCCUUCUGAUUUUUCUCAAGAUGAAGAUGACAGUUUAAGCAAAAGCCUUCUUCUGCCAUUCCCAAAACUUGAAGCUGAAUGUUAUGAUGAUCUGCAACCAAAUUCAUGCAAUCUGGGAUUCCCUGUUGAAGCUCAAGGCACAUGUUUCUGGCCUUAUUGA